AUCGGAGUUUGGCCAUAGUUGACAGAGUUGACAGUUCACGGUUAGGAGUUUCUCAGUGAGAUACUCCGCCAUAUCAACCGCACCUGGAAUAUUUCUCGUAAUACUUAGAGACUGCCGAUACAAAUUAUGAAUGUAUGAGAAUGCGAUUCUCGUGAACGAUGCUCGUUGAUCUGUUCGGAUGCGAUGAACUUCGUGCAAGCAGGAACGGAAAAUUAUUAGGCUAGGAACUUGAAGGAGAUUAGGCUUCCGUCAGGAGCUACUAGAGUUUAACUGGUAAAGGACGAAAUGAAGGACGAAUCUCGGUCACAUGGAUCGGAAGAGGAUCCAUCUCGAAAAUGCUGCAGAUCAAGUGGAAUCGAUGAUGUCAGCAACAGAAGCAAUUCCUCGGCGGAGGACGCGGACGUACCUCGUGCCACCUGCAUUCCGUGCCCGAAGGAUCAGCGAAAGCCGGGCAACCCGGGGAGCUUCGAGGAAAUCCACAAAAAAGUGAAGGACCUGUACCCGCGACAUUUCGAAGGCAUCCGUCUGGUAGUCAACAAGAUUCUGAGUAAGCACUUUCAGGUUAAGCAUACGCUGACGAUGAGCUCCGUCACUCCUGCCGGAUACAAGUUUGGCGCCACCUAUGCUGGCACCAAGAGGGUGGGAAUGCACGAAUCGUAUCCUGUCGCAAUUGGCGAAAUCGCACCGAAUGGCUCCAUGACCGGAAGCUUCGUCCACACUCUGGGCUGCCGACUGCGACUCAAGUACUCGGCGCAAAUCGACUCCCACCAAAAGUAUAAAGCCUGCAGCUCGACCGCCGAAUAUCGCUCGGAUGACUUCACGAUAUCGCUCACCCUGGCCAAUCCGUCCUUCAUAAAACGCCAAGGCACCGUCGUCCUCCACUUCCUUCAGUCAAUUACCUCCCGGAUUGCCCUCGGCGCCGAAGUCGCCUGUUUACGAGGCUCCUUGAUUCCCGGCGGCCAGGAAACCAUAAUGUCCGGUGCCUUCAGAUACAGUACGGGACGCACGACGCUCUCGGGGACGCUCGGCGAAGCUGGUCUUCAUCUCUGUUAUCAUCAAAAGGCAAGUGAGCAGCUGCAACUCGGCGUGGAGCUCGAGACGAACAUGAGAACCCACGAAUCCGUUGCGACGAUAGUCUAUCGUGUGGACGUUGAUUACGCCGAUCUUGUCUUCCGUGGAUAUGUCAAUUCCGAGACGACAGUGGCUGCUGUGCUUGAGAAAAAAUUGUAUCCUAUCCCGGAGUCUUCUCUAGUUCUUAGCGCAAUGCUCAAUCACGCCAAGCAACAGUUUCGAGUUGGUAUCGGCAUCAAUAUUGGUUAAAUCGUCGCUAUCAUUUGCUCUGUUUGUAAUUGAAU